UAAAUAAAUCAUGAAAAUUUUACAUUUAAAAAAUCAGAUUAUUUUUUGGAAUCAAAAAUGGCCCAAAAUAACAUCGAAAUUUUUGAUUCAAAAUUUCAUCACAACAACAACAACAGCAGCAGCAGCAAAAUCAUCACCAUCGACCGAAACAAAACCAACAAAAGAUGCAAUGAAAAAUCGUGAACAUAUUAAUAUCGGUACAAUUGGUCAUGUUGAUCAUGGAAAAACAACAUUAACAUCAGCAUUAACAAAAAUAUCGGCUAUGAAUGGUUAUUCAAAAUUUCGUGAUUUUGAUUCAAUUGAUAAAGCACCGGAAGAACAAUUACGUGGUGUUACUAUUAAUGCUAGUCAUGUUGAAUAUUUUACCCGAAAUCGUCAUUAUGCACAUACUGAUUGUCCUGGUCAUCAGGAUUAUGUUAAAAAUAUGAUAUGUGGUACAUCACAAAUGGAUGGUGCAAUUUUGGUUGUUGCCGCUUCCGAAGGUCCAAUGCCACAAACACGUGAACAUCUUAUGUUAAGUAAACAGAUUGGUAUUGAAAAAAUUAUUGUCUAUGCAAAUAAAUGUGAUAUUGUUGAUGAUGAAAUACGUGAAUUAGUUGAAAUUGAAGUACGUGAUCUAUUGAAUGAAAUUGGUUUUGAUGGUGAUCAUAGUCCAUUUAUAUUUGGUUCAGCAUUAAAAGCAUUGAAUGAAACCGAGACAAGUGAAUUAGGUGGUAAAUCGAUUGAAAAAUUAUUGAAUACAUUAGAUUCCUAUAUUGAAGCACCAAAACGUGAUCUAGAUUCACCAUUUUCAAUGUCAAUCGAAUCAUCAAUGUCUAUACAAGGUCGUGGUACGGUUGUCAUCGGUACAGUUUUAACUGGUUCAUUACAAAAAGGUGAUCAAGCUGAAAUUCUUGGUUGGAGUAAACAAUAUAAAACUGUUGUCAGUGAUAUUCAUAUGUUUGGCCGUCCAUAUCAACAUUGUCAAGCUGGUGAUCAUGUUGGUCUAUUAUGUCGUGGUAUAAAACAAUCACAAUUAGAACGUGGUAUGCUUAUUGCAAAACCAUCAACAAUAACAUUGGAAAAUCAUUUUAUUGCCGAUUUAUAUUUACGUUCUACGGAAGAAGGUGGCCGUAAUAAACCAAUAUCAAAUAAAUUUAUACAGCAAAUAUUUUCACAAACAUGGUCAGGUGGUGCACGUUUAGAUGUACCAGAAGAAUCUGGUGGUCUAUUAAUGCCUGGUGAUCAUGGUCGUUGUCUGAUUACAUUACAAUAUGGUAUGCCAUUAAAAUUAGGACAAAAAUUUACUAUUCGUGAACAUAAUAAAACAAUUGCAUCCGGUAUAAUUGUUCAAUUAUUACCACGAUUAUCAUUUGAUUUGGUUAAAAAUCUUGGAAAUUUAAUAUUACCACCAUCAAACGAAAUUGAUAAAAAAAAAUAAUUUAGAUUAUUGUUA